AGAGCGAGACAUUGUUCUUUCAGAACUUCUACUACCAAGUCCUCUGUCUUUCUCCUCCCACCAUGAAGGUUCUACUGCUGAUCGCCCUGGGCCUGGUCGCCCUGGCCGCUGCUCGACCCAGCGAGAUCUUGGACUUCGAGGGUGAGGACGCUGAGCACGAGCAGGAGGGCCAGGCCGGCCGCUCCGUCACCGGCGAGUACAAGUGGGAGAGCCCCGAAGGAAUCGAGUUCGUGGUCAAGUACAUCGCUGACGACAAGGGCUACCGAGUCCUCGAGUCCAACGCCGUGCCCUCAGCCAACGGCGUCCUCGCUGACGGCGAACAGGGCGACCUCGACGGCGACGAGGACGAGGACGACGAUGACGACAAAUAGAUACUGAGAGUGACAGCCGAUAGCUGGAACCGUUGGCUAGUCAACGACACAAGACGACAACUAAUGGCGUUUUAUUUUUUCCAAAGCUCUUUACUCAGUUCUUCAUGUUUCUCUCUUGCUCCGACUCACUGAAGCGUUAAGAUUCUUGAGGUCUUGUUUGUGUGUGAACAAUUCUUAUUAUAAUAAAUAUUUAUGAAUCA